GUCUGUGUGGCUCCGGGUGUGCGUGGGGCACUCGCUCUCUGAGUCCCUGACUCGCUGUGGGUCCCUCAGUGUCCGUGGGGCACUCUGUGUCCUUGAGUCCCUCAGUGUCUGUGUGUCCCACAGUGCCUGUGGGGCUCCCAGGGUGUGUGUGGCACACUCACAGGGACCCUCCCCUGGGGCUCACCCCCAUCACCCCUCUCUGGAGCCAUCACGCUCUCCCAGGCUCUCCUCGAGCUAAUCCGGGAAAUGAAGGCCACACAAGCUUGUGUGGACGAGGAAUUACAGACGAUGGAAGAACAGCAACUUGGGUAAGAGGACAGCAGGGGGUUUCCUACCCCGCGGGGCUAUGAGGGAGACCCAGAGGCCGGCGAGCACCCGCUUUUGGGGCACGCUGGCCCGGCAGCCCCAUGGAGGCUAAGCCUGCCCGUGCCCCUGUCUCGCUGGCCAGGUCCACUCUGCAGACGAGGCAGGUACUGAAUGAGCUGCAAGAGCAGCAGAGGAUGGACAAUGCCACACUCGAGGAGUUGGUGGCCCAGACGGCUGACCAGGAGGCACAGGCUCUGUUCCAGGACCUGGAGCCCCUGGAGAAGGACGGAGCGGAGAAGGAGCAGCAUUUGAAGCAGCUGAGGGAAGAGAUGAAUUCCAAGCUGGACCACCAGGAACAGGAACCCCUCCUGCAGCAGAUGAAGAACUGUCCACCGAGCAUGGCCAUGGCCAUCAAGGAGAAGCUGGAGCAGGCGCAUGGGAUCCCCAUGCCAAAGAACAUGCUUUUCCCCAUGGAGCGCCUCUCCCUGAAGUGGCAGCAGACCUAUUGGAUCGGCGCCGGGCUGCAAAACUUAGGCAACACCUGUUUCCUGAAUGCCACCCUGCAGUGCCUUACGUACACUCCUCCUCUCGCCAACUACCUGCUCUCCAGGGAGCACAGCCGGACCUGCCAGCAAAGCGAAUUUUGCAUGCUGUGCACUAUGGAGAACCACGUACUGCAGGUUUUCGGUAGCAGCGGCAGCACGAUAGAGCCGGUGUCCUUCAUCAGAGACCUCAAGAAGAUCGCCAAGCACAUCCGCUUUGGCCGCCAGGAGGACGCACAUGAGUUCCUGUGUUUUAUCAUCGAUGCCAUGCAGAGGGCCUGCCUGAAUGUCUAUAGCCAGUUGGAUCAGCAGAGCCAGACCACAACGCUGGUUCAUCAGAUCUUCGGUGGCUUCCUGCGGUCCCGUGUGAGGUGCAAAGCGUGCAAUUCGCCCUCGGACACCUAUGAACCAUUCCUGGACCUGGCGGUGGAGAUCGAGGAAGCUGAAAGCAUCGAGAAGGCACUGAACUUGUUUGUGAGGCCAGAGAUGCUGUGCGAGGAGAACGCCUACAUGUGUGACAAGUGCAAGACCAAAGUGCGAGCGAGCAAACGCCUCAGCAUCCAGCAAGCCUCUAAUGUUCUCACAGUGUCACUGAAGCGCUUUUCCUACUUUCAUGGAGGCAAAAUCACCAAGGGCGUGACAUACCCUGAGUUCUUGGACAUCCGACCUUACAUGUCGGAGAAUGAAGGGGACCCUGUGCAGUAUCAGCUCUACGCCGUGCUGGUGCACUCUGGGACCUCCUGCCACUCAGGGCACUACUACAGCUAUGUGAAGGCCAGCGAUGGGCAGUGGUACUUAAUGAAUGACGACAUUGUCCGCUGCACCAACAUCAACGUGGUCCUGAAGCAGCAGGCCUAUGUGCUUUUCUACCUGAGAACACCCAGCACCGGCAAGAGAUUGCAGGGACCCAUUGCCAAGGCUGUGUCCAUCCCGGCCAGCCAGCCAGUGAUGGGCCAGAAAGCAGAGAUGCAGCCUGCAGAGAAGCUGUCUGGGCAGGAGGAGGUUGGGGUCUCUGUGCCCCGUACAACAUUCAACAUGGGGCCAAAUCUGGCAAAUGUAAUGCUUCCACCAAAGCUGCCACAGGACGUGCCCUUUUCAUUCAAAAUAAAACACAGCAUCCGGAAAGGGCACUCAGCCCUGCCUUACGACGCAGCCCAGAGGCCCAAGAGUCUCCCGCACCUGCCUCAGGGACACAGAAUAUUUCAGCAAUACAAGACUAGCAAAACAAGUGAGGCCAAAGAGGAGCUGACCCUGGGUAGCUUCUUUGAGACCAAGAAGCCACUCACGUCAUUCAAGACGCAGGAGCCCAAACAGCACCUCUCUGUGGUCCUUGGAGCUGUGCCAGCUGUUCCUGACAGCUGCUCUCUGGUCAACCUGAAGCGCUCCCUCUUGACCGCUGUGAAGCGGAGCAGCUCCACAUCUCCACCACCAGCCAAGAAGCUGGCACUCUCUGCCAAAAAGGGCAGCACGCCGGAGGCGGUGAGCCGAGAUGACCAUCACACACAACCUCAGCCACAGCUUCCGGGGCAGAUCCAGCCCAUGGACACCACCCUCCCUCCUGACUCCACUUCCCAGCUUUCUGGCAAGUUGAGCACAUCUUCAUCUGUGCCAAAACUGCCAAAUCCAGAAAAGCCUCCCUUGAAAAUCAUCAUCGAAUCGUCAACCAUUCAGUUCCUCAUCUCUCACCUGAAAAAGCGCCGCCAUGGGGCAGAUGGCAGCUCGCGGUCUCAAUCUGUUGAUGGCAAAGAUGACACCUCCAGCCCGCCCAGAAAGAAGAGCUGCACACAGGGGGAGUAGAUAUCUGUCACGGAGGAUGGGUUAAGGAAGAGUCCGAGUGGUGGCCAGAAGGAGCCAGGCUGCCAGGAGCUGCUGCAGAGCACAAGAGGAAGAAAGAAGAGAGGAAGAGGAGGGAAACACCAUCAGAAAAGUGCUUUUCUAGGGCUCUGUCCUCAGGCAGGUGAGGGGCUAGGGUCAUGCCAGAGCCCUAUGCACCUCUCCUCAGCCUGAACUCAAGCUUCCUGGGCUGCAGCGGGGUGCCUUUUGUCAUUCCAUGGGUGGGACAAGCCUUGCCAUGGAGCCAGCCAACGUGCCAGCUCGCUGGACUUAUUUCACCCC